ACUAAACUAAUCUUCAUGGAAAAAGUUAAGAGGCAAGGGGCCGGCGAAACAGGAGCCAACGCCGCUGACUCCUUUAAGCGCCGCAAAAUGUCGGCGAUUUCCGACGGCGCCGCCCAGGCGGAAGGCGGCGGAGACACGAUGGCGUGGUUAAUCAUCGACGACGAGGCAAUGACGGAGCUAUCCGAGCUUCUGGACACGGCGGAGGUGCCGCCGCAUGACGAGGGUUUCAGAGUCCGCUUCAUCGACGAUCCCUACUCGCCGCCGGUGCUUUUCCGGUCGACGGCGUACGUCACCAUCGACGUGAACGAGGAGUCCUGCGGCUCCUCUUUCUCCGACCUGGAGUCGUCCGUGAUGGCGAGCAUCGACACCGGCGGCGGCGCCGGAGGGUGGUUGAGGAGAGAGAACAGAUGCGCGUGGGGAAGCGACGCGCGCGCGGCGCGUGGGUGGGUGGUGGAAACUGAUUUUCCGGAAACGGAAACACCUACCGUCAAAGAUAUGGACGAGCGCGACGGGUCAUGCAUUUGGGUCAACGGCGCGGGGGAUGACGACUCAAUUUGGGAGAACUUUCUGGGCGAAAUCUGAAAAGUUAUUACUUCUUCUUUUGCUUUUGUGGAGGGGGUCCUAUGUAAUUAGCAGAAAGUAAAGGGGUUACAUGUAA